UCUCCAUUGCUGGCGCUUUGCGCUCUCUUCGUCGUUGCGCGCCUCUCCCUGGAUGCUGCAGCCUUUGUGGCGGGACCACCGGUGCCAAGGUCAGGGCCCAGUGCUCGAGUGGCGCGCUGGGCGGAGGCAGAUACGCAAGUGGCCGAAGUGGAAGCGAAGGAGGAGGCCGCCGUACCCACUGGCAGGACUGUGUCCAUCGUCCAGGGCGCCAACCGAAUGAAGAUCCAAUGGGAAACCGAGGAGACUUGCGCGACGCUUCGGGAGCGCAUUGCUGAGGCCACGGGCAUCCCAGCCGACCGCCAGGAACUUAAGCUGGCAUCAGCCGAGCUUCUCGGGGAAGGGGAUGAGCUGCAGAGCACCUACAAGGGUGGGAGCGUCCAGACGAUCUGGCUGGAAGACUUGCGAACACCAGAGGAGAAGGGCGAGAAAGAGAAGACAUUCGUGGAUGAGCUUCAGCAGCUCUGGAAGCUGGACAACGUAACAGUUGUGAGCGCCGCGCUGGCCAUUUGGACCUUCUUCAAGGAGCUGCUGCCGCUCUUCACAGAGGGCGUGAAGAAUCCUCUGCAGGACUUACCUUGGCAGCCUGGUCCCAUCGACCAGUUCCCACCAUCUGCUUUCUGA